AUGUUUCAGUUUAACGAUAAUUCAAGCUUACACGUUGUGCCGUCGUCUGUACAAAGUGGCGUUAUAACUCCCGUUAAUCAUAUACCCAGAUCACAGUCUACAAGUGAUCUGUUCCUGAUUCCUGAAUUAGAUUACCAAGAUAGAGAAAAGAAAAGAAAACAGCCUUGUGUUCCCAGAAAUGCAGGUAACAACAGUCACUUUUAUCCCCAAGUAACGAGACAUUCUUCUAUGAACUCGGCUAAUGUUGACACCUUGGCUAGUCCGCUAAAUCUGCCCUUUCUCCAUGAACACAGAAGGUCCUCUCUGCUACAGACACAGAAAAGAUCUCCCUUAACACCGUAUCAGAUUCAGCGAUCCCAAAUGAAGCAGAGGUUUCAGUUUCCAAAUGGUGAGAGUUUUACUCCAAGGGCGCAACUGAGACAAAAGCUACCCCUACCAGAAACCCCUCGGUCGUUUGUGCCACAGUAUAAUACUAGACCUAAGGCGCAUAGCAUGAGCAAUAUGCCCAGCCCGCAGGUCCGUGUACCGUAUAAUCGAGGGCCUCAUCAGCCAACUGUACAUUCCAAUCGGAGCAGCCCGAAUUUGUCUGCUUCUUCUCGUGGAUCAAGGCAAAUAGACCAUUCUGGAUAUCGGGAGCUGAAAAGUAAGAUUGCGCGCCGGAACUCUUUACAAAUACACAAGUCUUCUAGUCUUGUAAACGUUUCAACAAAAUAUUCAUCUGAGAACAGCUCGCAAGCAUUAAGAGCUAUGAGUGCGGAAUCACUAAGACUGAGAACUGGGCCCUCAUGUCUCUCAUUACAAGAAAACAUUACUUCAUCUGGCCAUAAAGUUCCUACUUCUGCUCUACCAAGCCUUCCCUCCUUCGGAUGUUCCCAAUUUACGAAAUCACAAAGCUCUACCUCCAUAAAAACUCUGAGCAACCCAAAUACUUCCUCAAGUAGUUUGUCUCGGAGCAGUAGUUCUCUAGUUAGAGACGGUGCAUCUGGCAGUAUUACAAGUGCCAGCGAUUCAAGUCAAAAAGCAGUGGAACAACAGACGCUGCUCUCCAAUAAUAAUAUAUCUUUGCAUAGUGGCAAUUUCAUGAUUUGUCCUAAGUCUUCAGCAACCGCAGCAGUGAAUAUAUCGAAUACAGUUGCCAUAGGUGGGUCAACAGCUAUAGAUCCACCCGAACUCGAAAAUUUGUGCAACUUUUCGUCUUGUGAUAGAGGUGCCAAAAAACAAGGUUCCAAAUUUGGGUCAUUUAUUAAAAAGUUUAUUCCAGGUAUGAGAAGGAAACAAAAGGUCGACCAACCAACGAAUUUCAAUUCAUCCGAAAUUAAAACGGCGCCGUUAUUGGAAGAUGGUGAAGAAGAUCUGCAGGCGACUGCAAUAACAGUCUCCUCAGUUUCGUUAGGAUUUGAGGCGGAUAAUGCAGACGAAUCUAAUGAUACUUCCUCAACUUCUUCUUAUGAUAGAGAAGCUGGUAGUCUAUUCGACAUAGAUCUCGUUUUUGAUACAUUGCUAUUAAAAGGCGACCGUCACGAAGAGAAUAGUCCCGUAACAGACUUCAAAGGCGUAUCCAAAAUGUCAACUGUAACCCAAUCAAGGGAACCUAAACGCUGUUCGAAAGUCUCUUACCAUGUAAAGCAAAGAUCUUCAUUAAACAAUGAAAUUGACUAUGAUUUGAUCCAUGAUUUUUCUAAACUUCGGGAUUUUAUUGACGCUGAGCAGAAUAAUGGACAGCAGCAGAAGUCGGCAGCGCCCUCACCUCGUCAUUCUAGCCCAUUAACGCCGCCUCCAAGAUCAAAUCGCAGACCCAUUUUCAAUGAGCCUAGUAUAUCUCAAUUCUUUUAUAACUCUGCUGUCUCAGGUAAUCUUAUUAUCGACUGCACAACAAGUCUGAAGCUUUCGAAGAACCACCAUAAAGACCGCCUUUUAACGACUCUACAGAUGAAAUGGAAAGCUGUCCAUAUUGAUAAGCAAAUGCCCAAGACAAAGUCUCUCAAUGGGCGCAUAAUGAGUUGUCUAAAAUCCUCGGGCUCCGAUUCUGCCGUUAACUGUCCAACUGGAAACGCAUCUCCAUCGAACUCACAAAAAUCAGUUAAACGGCUGGAGUUCGCUGAAGAGAUCUACGUGAAUGAUACAUACUCUCAUUGGGAAUAUAGAAGAAGUGAUAAAAGAUUUUUAAAGGAAAGAAAACAACUCAUGACUUCGAUGCAGGGCCUACCAUUUGUUCAAUCUGUAAAAUGGGAAUUGAAUGAAUUCAAACGUAACGAAAUGCUCGUGCAUCCUGAAAGCAAGCAGAACACUCAAUUUUUUAUAUGA